ACCUAGAGUAUAUAUCUGAUGAAGAAAACUUUAAAAUGAGAAAGAAACUAAAAACGACUGAUAGUGUUUUUAAGUUGAUUAAUGAAAAAGAUGGCUUUGAAGCCGAAGUGGAACACACAUACCAUUCUGAUUAUGAAAAUGAUGAAAAGGAAUUUGCCUCCGAUGAAACAGAUUCUGACUUCGAACAUUCGUUGAGGGUAAAGAAAGUUGUUUAUGAUCCUAGCUAUGACCAUAGCAAAAUGCAGCCUGUCAUUGGCAUGUAUUUCCAGGAUGGGAUUCAAUGUAGGACGGCUUUGACAACAUGGGCCAUUGAAAAUGGUAGAUAUGUCCGGUUUAAGGCAGUUUCUAAGAAGAAAUUGUUGGCCAAAUGUACUCCACCCUGCCCUUGGAACCUUUAUGCUAGUUCUCUCCGGGCUAAUGGCACUUUCAUGAUUAAGUCGGGUGCUUGGGAUCACACCUGUGCUAAGGCCAUGAGUAAUAAGCUUUUGAGUUCUCAGUGGAUAGCUAGCAGGUACUUGAAUGUGUAUAGGGUUAGUUACAAUCUUUCAGUUAAAGAUCUAGGUGCUGAUAUACUUGAAAGGUUUAAAGUUAGAGUACCUAAGGACAGACUAUACAAGGCCAGGAGAAUGGCUCAAGAGAUGGUGAGAGGUUCCGUUCACCAACACUACGCAAUGAUCAAGAAUUAUGUUGCUGAGUUAAGGAAAGUUGAUCCUGAAGGGAGGUUUGAGCUUCUUUUAGAAGCCGAUAAUACUUUCAAAGCACUUUACAUUGGUUUGAGUGCUCCGAGGAAGGGUUUCAAGGUCAGCUGCAGACCGGUAAUAGGUAUCGAUGGUUGCUUUCUGAAAACAUACUUGGGGGGACAUCUUCUUUGUGCCACAGGGAAAGAUGGCAACAACGGAAUGUUCCCAAUAGCUUGAGCUGUGGUCGAGGCAGAAAAUGAAGCAUGCUGGAAUUGGUUCCUUGAAAUUUUAUUUCAUGAAUUGACACCUUAGUGAUGGCAGUGGGUGGACAUUUAUCAGUGACCAACAAAAGAUUAGCAAAUCUAUUUUUAAUCCUUUUAAUUGUGUACGUAAUUCAUAUUUGAAGCUUAUAGUACAUACUUGGCAUCUGUGUAAUUGUAUCUUUGUCUUUUGAAGGGUCUACAAAAUGCGGUGGCUAGGUUGGCACCACAGGCUGAGCAUAGGAACUGUGCUCUCCAUAUCUACAUGAAUUGGAAGAAGGUGCACAAGGGUCAAACACUAAAAAACAUUUUCUUCCGAGCUGUUUAUGCCACCUUUGAAGCUGAAAUCAAACUAGCGGUUCAAGAAAUGAAAGAAGAAUCAAUGGCAGCAUUCGAGGAUUUCAUGGGAAGGGACACGUCAAAAUUCUGUAAGGCCUUCAUUUCAACCCACCCCAAGAGUGAUAGUGUAGAUAACAAUAUCAGUGAGUGCUUCAACGGUUACAUAUUAAAUGCUAGGGGUAAGCAUGUUAUUCACAUGUUGGAAGAAAUUAGGUCUUCUUUGAUGGUUAGACAGGUGCAGAAAUUCAAGACAAUGAGUGCUGUCAAGGGUAAGUUAACUCCAAACGUAAGCAAGUUGUUGGAGAAGAAUUUGAUGGUAAGUGCUUAUUGCAUUGCACUUCCGGCCAUGUAUGAUUCUUUUCAAGUGCACUACGAAGGUGACACAUUUGUGGUCCAUGUUAAAACGGGAACAAGUGGGCAGAACAAAUGUUCAUGUAGAGAGUGGGAUUUGACAGGGAUCCCUUGUAAGCACGCGGUGUCUGCUAUCAAGUAUAUGGACCGUGACCCUAUUGAUUAUGUGUCUGAUUGUUUUUCUGUUGACACCUAUUUGUCUGGUUAUGAGCAUGGUAUCAAACCAAUUCAUGGCAAUAAAAUGUGGCCACAAGUUGAAGGUGACAUUGUCAAACCGCCGCCGAAAACAAAAAAUGCUUGGGAGACCGAAGAAAAAAGAGUGAGAGCACCACAGGAGAAAGAAGGUCGAAUGACAAAGCAUGGAGUGAUCAUGACUUGCAGCAGGUGCAAGCAACAUGGCCACAACAAACGUAAAUGCACCAAUGAGCCUGUGAAGGUACCAGAACCUGAGAAGAGGAGGAGAGGAAGACCUUCGAAAGAAGGAGGAGCAGAAAAGAAGGACAAAGUCAAAAAGAAGGACAAGGCUGAUAAAAACAAGAAAGGGAAGUCAAGCCAAUUCCAAGGCAGAGGGACUGCCCUACGGGGUAUUGGUGUUUACGUGAAUGAAAAAACUGGAAACUCCUUCUUCCAUGCUUCGAGUUCGAGCAAAAAGACAACUCAAUUGCACAAGUACAAGAAACCAAGACAAAUUGAAAUGGGUGGAUCAUCUGCAAUCAAGGAUAGCAGUGGUGUGAGUGCUGUUACAACAGCUCAAGAAAGCAUGCAGGAUGGAGGGCCUACACCAAAUCUAUGAACUUUGUUGUUAUAUGUGAAUGUAAUAGUGGUUUUUGGAAACUGGUUUUGGAGAUACUUGCUCAAUGGCUAUGACCUUUUUCAAAAACUCGAAUGCUAGGGUCUGAUUAAGUUUG